UACAAACCUACUAACAACAUCGUCUCUUGACCAUAGAUUUUGAUGGUGCAGGAUGACCUUAAUACGGACAUGGCCUCAAACUAAAUUAAGUUGUGGCGAAGCAGGCGAGGCCAACGCGAGACAGUGGGUGGUUGCCACGACGGAGUGCAUUAAAAUUGUGUAAUGCACACCUAUCUGUUCCAUGGUCACUUGCCAGCAUUGACAAGUGAAAUCUGUCAUUGAUGUUUGCAGUGCAAAAAUAACGAUUAAUUUUCAUUAGUAAUUUUAUAUACGGGUCGUUAGAUGUAGAAUUCUGCCUGCUCUAAAUCAAACACAAAGAUAAAGUAAUGCGAUAAGAUUAGAAUUAUUUGAAUGAAUUAUAAUGAAUAGUUAUAAGAGAGAGAGAGAGAGAGAGAGAGAGAGAGAGAGAGAGAGAGAGAGAGAUUGUACGUGUCUGAUUUACCUACUUCUGUGCUGCGUCUCUACAAAUAACGUGGCUGUGAGUUUAACUACUGUAUGCACCUGUAACUGUAUGUUACUAUGGUUACAAUUGUUUAUAGGCAGCACAUUCAUUGAGAAUGGUGAUUAACCUGACUGGAAGUAUGUGUGCAUUCAACGGUUUGAACACACACCUUCCAGCCAAUCAGAAUCAAGUAUUCAGACAGACCAUGGUAUAACUGUCAAAUAGUUCCCUGGUCACUCAAAUUUCUCGAUUUCUCCAACGGAAAUGGUGUUCUGACGAAUUGAUGCAACUAAAAGAGGAGUUGCAAAACAUGAUAUUUAACAUUACUGUGUAAUGUUUGUUGAGAAACAGGAAGUCUCAGACAGUCUUUCAACAGCUCUGAAAGCUUGAGUUUUUAUCUACAGAUCUCUUAAGAUGGUAGCUUAGUUUUAACUUCUAUAUAUAAAUAUUGAUGCAGUAAAAUUUGUUUCUUAUUAAACUAAACAUUAUUGUGGUAUCACAAAAUUCUAAGGCCCUGUUUCAAUCAUGAUGAAGAAGAUAGGAAUGACACAUCACAGCUCCAGGGUCCUCAGUUCGAUUCUGAGCCUAUGUGGAGCUGCUAAUGUUCUCAUUGUGUCUAUGUGGGUUUCCUCUGUGUUCCAUGGGUUCCUCCCACCUCUAAGAAACUGACAAAAGCUUUUCAUUUAUAAGAUAUCUUUCCUAUUACACUUUAUCCAAUUGGUAAGGAAGUUAAAACACACACACACACACAUGCGCUUACGCACAUACACUCUACUGUGGUUUUAUAUUGGGAAACAUAGAAAAAACAGGAAAGGUAUGAGUUUCUACAGAUACAGAACCGACUACACAGAGGAGUAGGACGUGAAAAACAUUUUAUUCAACAAAUUUGCAAUGUGCUGCCUUUUUAUUUUCAUUCUUUUCAUUUCAAAUGUUGGCAGUCAGGCAUCGAGGAAGUUAAGUCUUCACACUGGAGCAUCUGUCACCAUCCCAUGUUAUUACGAUAGGAAUUAUAUUCAACAUAAGAAAUACUGGUGCUAUAAUAAUCGGGUAUCAUUCGUAUCCUGCACAAUUCAGGCUUAUUCCAAUCAGACACAGGGGAAAGUGACAGUGAUUGAUAACCCGGCUGAGAGUCUCUUUACUGUGACUAUGAAUAAUCUCCAGACAGAAAACACUGGAUGGUACUGGUGUGCUGUAGAGAUAAAUGGAUUGAGAGAUGUUCAUGAAAAUCUCUACAUCACGGUGAAAUCAGAUCCUGAUCUGUCUGUGAUGGAGAGCAGAGUGAGUGGUGAGGAAGGAGGCAGUGUCACAGUCCAGUGUUUCUACAGCGCUGAGUAUCAGAAUAAACAGAAGCAGUGGUGCAGAUUCAUAGACAGCCGCUGCAACAAUACGGGGAGGACUGCCACAUCCCAGAAUUCAGCAGUCCACCUCAGUGAUGAUGGGAGAGGAUCCUUCAGUGUGCAGAUGAGUGGACUGAAGAAGAGUGAUGCUGGCUGGUACUGGUGCGGAGCAGGAGAUCUGCAGGUUCCUGUUCACAUUGCAGUUAAUACUUCAACAGUUCCCCCAAAUGGGACCAAAAAUACAGAUGAACAGACAGACAAUUCAAUGCAUGAACUGAUGACUGUUUGGCUUCUGCUGGCUGUAGGACUGGGGCUGCUGCUCAUUCUGGUCAGCAUUGUAGCUUACAUGUUGAGGAAGACGUGCAAGAAGGAAAAUAAAACAAGGAUUAGAAUGGAGAGCAAUGACGCCACUGCUCACACGCCACCAUCAGCACUGGAUCAUGAAGGAGAUGUGAUCUACACCUCUGUGUUCAACGUAACCACAAAUCAAGCUCAUUCUCUGAUAGUCAAAGAUGACGAGGUGACCUACAGCAAUAUGAAUUCUCAGACAUUCAAAAACGAUGAGGUGACCUAUGGCAAUGUGCAUCCUCCCGGAGUCAGAGACGAUGAGUUGACCUACAGCACUGUGGUUCAUGAGUAAGAGUUUAUCCUGGUCAGGGUCAAGGUAGAUCCAGAGCCAUUCAUGGGAAUCCUGGAUGGAACAACAGUCCAUACAUUCACACACUGAUUCACAUCAAGGGGCACUUUAUAGAGAAGUUAAUCUACUGACAAGCAUGUUUUGUUGGGGAGGAAAACCCAGAGGAAACCCACACAGAAAUCAGAAGAACUUGGUGAACUCCACCCAGCUAUUAACCAGUACUCAAGUCAAACUCCGGACCCUGGAGGCUUAGUGCCACCGUGACGCCCAUGGACUACAUUCUUUACUUUGUACUUAAUAGAACAAUAUAUCUAACCAGACACAUUUAAAAUGAUGAUGUUUAUUAAUGAUUUCCUGCUGGUAGAUCAAUCGAGUAAUCUUUUAAGGCCAAGUCAUACUGGACAAAGUUUAUUUAUUAAUUUUUUUUGGACCCACUGUUCAAGCAGUGCUGAUAUGUAAAACUGAGGAAGUGAGCUUGUGACAUUAAAAUUUAAUUUGCUAUUGUCAAAUUGGGCUUAGUAAAGCAAAGUGCCAUCA